AUGGCGAUUCCGUUGCCCCUCACUUCUUACUCGCAAAUCUCAGCUUCUUCUUCUUAUACUUCACGAACCUCUUUCGUCCCUCUCACACCUCGCCGUCGUUAUUCCUUCUCCGAUCAGAAUUUCAGUAGGCGUGUACUUAUCAGCUGCUCUUCUUCUUUGUCUUCCAACAAUGGUUCAACUCCUGAGUCUAUGAACGGGAGUGGGUUAAACGGCCAGUCAUCGUUUCCUGGAAUGCCUUCGUUCGAUGGAACAUCAAAACCACCGCUUAAAUGGAGAAGGGUUUUACUCAAAGUCAGUGGAGAAGCUCUUGCUGGAGACGAGGAGCAGAACAUCGAUCCAAAGGUUACUAUGUCGAUUGCAAGGGAGGUUGCAGCAGUGACUCGGCUUGGCAUUGAGGUUGCGAUUGUUGUUGGAGGAGGAAAUAUCUUUCGUGGAUCCACCUGGGCUGGGUGCAGUGGCCUUGAUCGCUCCUCUGCUGAUUAUAUCGGGAUGCUGGCAACUGUGAUGAACGCAAUAUUUCUUCAAGCGACAAUGGAGAGUAUCGGCAUCCCAACGCGUGUUCAAACCGCUUUCCGCAUGUCAGAAGUCGCAGAGCCUUACAUAAGAAGACGAGCAAUUAGACAUCUAGAAAAAGGCAGGGUUGUGAUAUUUGCAGCCGGAACAGGCAAUCCGUUUUUCACCACCGAUACUGCAGCAGCUCUUCGAUGUGCUGAAAUUAAUGCGGAAGUAGUGCUGAAAGCAACAAACGUAGAUGGAGUCUUUGACGAUGAUCCUAAGCAAAACCCAAACGCUCGCCUUCUCGAGUCGUUAACUUACCAAGAAGUAUUAUCAAAGGAUCUCUCUGUAAUGGAUAUGACUGCUAUUACUUUGUGCCAAGAAAACAACAUCCCAGUCGUGGUCUUCAAUCUAUCGGAACCUGGAAACAUCACGAAAGCAAUUAAGGGCGAAAGAGUCGGUACACUGAUCGGAGGAACUUGGAACUCCAUUGUUGCAACCACAUGA